AUGUCAUACUUCCGCAUAACCCUCAUGCGCUCCGGCAUCGGCAUGCCCGCCAAAACCCAAGGAGUGCUCAAAGCCCUCGGCCUCCGCAAGCGCAUGACAACCGUCUACCACCCGGUCUCGCAAUCCGUCGCGGGCCAGAUCAUGCGCAUAAAAGAGUUGGUCGACGUCAAGGAGGUGGCGGCGCCGAUGAGUAAGGAGCAGAUGCGCCAGGCGAGACGGCCGGAUCCCGGGUAUUAUGUUGAGAAGAGGGCGGGGGAGGCAAUGGGGGCGUACGAAUAG